GUCCAAAUAAGAAAACUCAUGUUUGUCACAGAAGUGGGUGUAGGGUUGUUUUUGUAUUUGAUGUUUGAUUCCUAAACUGUGAAAGAGGAGAGUUUAAAUGUGGACAUUUAAAACAGCCUGAUCAUGGUCACCUAUAAGCUGUGUUGGACAGAAGCCCUGCUGUGUUGUAGCAAAAGACUCAGUGAGUAAAGUUUUAGGUUCUUUUAAAGAGAAAUAGAUUUUUGCUCAGGUGUAUCUCUCACUUUCAUUUCUGAAUUCUGACGCUGAAUUUCUCAUCCUUCAGGUUUUCCCCCACCUCUUUCAGCAGAGGGCAGAAAAGACUCCAAACACCUGAAACACGACGAGCUUUGAGGUGGUCCAAGCAAAGCGCGAUCCCGAAGUAUCGCGAUACUGGCAGGUUGCAGGGAGCCUUCUGCGACGCUCCUACCCGCAGCGGUGAGCACGGAGCAACAUGGAGGUCGCUGAAGGUGUAAGUGCCGCCACGCCCACGGAGGAGAUGAAUGGUGCCGGGAACCUGAUGGACUUCCUGGAUGAGCCUUUCCCCGAUGUGAGCACGUACGAGGACUUCCACACCAUUGACUGGCUGAGAGAGAAAUCCAGGGACACAGACCGCCACCGUAAGAUCACCAGCAAGAGCAAAGAGUCCCUCUGGGAGCUGAUUAAGAGCCUGCUGGACGCCUGGUCGGGAUGGGUGGUGAUGCUGCUCAUCGGCCUCCUCUCUGGGACGCUGGCCGGUGUGAUCGACCUCGCCGUGGACUGGAUGACGGACCUGAAGGAGGGUGUGUGCCUCUCGGCGUUCUGGUACAGCCAUGAGCAGUGCUGCUGGACCUCCAACGAGACCACGUUUGACGACCGGGACAAGUGCCCACAGUGGCAGAAGUGGGCGGAGCUGAUGACAGGCCACGCCGAGGGAGCCGGAGCGUACGUGCUGAACUACUUCCUGUACAUCCUAUGGGCUCUGCUCUUCUCCUUCCUGGCGGUGUCGCUGGUGCGAGUAUUCGCUCCGUAUGCCUGCGGGUCGGGAAUCCCGGAGAUCAAGACGAUCCUCAGCGGCUUCAUCAUCCGGGGCUACCUGGGGAAGUGGACCCUGCUGAUCAAGACAGUCACGCUGGUGCUGGCCGUGUCGUCGGGCCUGAGCCUGGGGAAGGAGGGUCCUCUGGUCCAUGUGGCGUGUUGCUGCGGAAACCUCUUCUGCAGCCUUUUCUCCAAGUACAGCAAGAACGAGGGCAAGAGGCGAGAGGUGCUGUCGGCGGCGGCGGCAGCUGGAGUGUCGGUGGCGUUCGGCGCGCCCAUCGGAGGAGUCCUGUUCAGCCUGGAAGAGGUCAGCUACUACUUCCCUCUGAAGACUCUGUGGCGCUCCUUCUUCGCCGCACUGGUCGCAGCCUUCACGCUGCGCUCUAUCAACCCAUUUGGAAACAGCCGCCUGGUGCUCUUCUAUGUGGAGUACCACACGCCGUGGUAUAUGGCCGAGCUGGUGCCCUUUAUCCUGCUUGGCGUCUUCGGCGGCCUCUGGGGGACUCUCUUCAUCCGGGCCAACAUCGCCUGGUGCCGGCGGAGGAAGACCACACAGCUGGGGAAGUACCCGGUCUUGGAGGUGAUCGCCGUGACGGGGAUCACUGCCCUUCUGGCUUACCCCAACCCAUACACCCGCCGCAGCACCAGCGAGCUUAUCUCAGAGCUCUUCAAUGACUGUGGCGCGCUCGAGUCGUCGCAGCUCUGCGAUUACGUCAACAACCCCAACAUGAGCCGGCCGGUGGACGACAUCCCGGACCGCCCGGCGGGACCUGGUGUCUACAACGCCCUGUGGCAGCUCACCCUCGCACUCAUCUUCAAGAUUGUUAUCACCAUCUUCACCUUCGGCAUGAAGAUCCCCUCGGGUCUCUUCAUCCCCAGCAUGGCGGUCGGGGCCAUCGCCGGGCGGAUCGUCGGGAUCGCCGUGGAGCAGAUGGCCUACCAUCACCACGACUGGAUCAUCUUCAAGAACUGGUGCCGGCCCGGCGCCGACUGCGUCACGCCAGGACUGUACGCCAUGGUGGGAGCCGCCGCCUGCCUGGGCGGUGUAACGAGGAUGACCGUCUCGCUGGUGGUCAUCAUGUUUGAGCUCACCGGCGGCUUGGAGUACAUCGUCCCCCUGAUGGCCGCCGCUGUAACCAGCAAGUGGGUGGCAGAUGCAUUCGGUAAGGAGGGCAUCUACGAGUCACACAUCCUGCUAAACGGCUACCCGUACCUGGACGUGCGGGACGAGUUCACCCACCGCACGCUCGCCACCGACGUGAUGCGUCCCCGCAGGAACGACCCACCGCUGGCUGUCCUCACGCAGGACUCCACGACAGUAGAGGAUGUGGAGACGCUGAUCAAAGACACGGACUACAACGGUUUCCCCGUGGUCGUGUCCAGAGAGUCAGAGAGGCUCAUCGGCUUCGUCCAGCGCAGAGACCUCACGCUCGCCAUCAAGAACGCCCGUCAGAAGCAGGACGGCGUGGUGAGCAGCUCAGUGGUCUACUUCACCGAGGACGCACCGCAGCUGCCGGCGAGCAACCCACAGCCGCUUAAGCUGCGACGCAUCCUCAACCUCAGCCCAUUCACCGUCACCGACCACACGCCCAUGGAGACCGUGGUGGACAUCUUCCGCAAGCUUGGUCUGCGCCAGUGUCUGGUCACCAGGAGCGGGCGUCUCUUGGGCAUCAUCACCAAGAAGGACGUUUUGCGUCACAUGGCCCAGAUGAUGAACCAGGAUCCUGAGUCCAUCAUGUUCAACUAGCGUGAGAGGCGGGUUUACUGCCCUGAUGGUGUAAAUAUGUUGAACUGGAAAGAUGACGCCACGCUGCUCUGCUACCUGUGAAAAGCCCCUCCCACCUCCCUCAAUAUCCUCCCACCCCCGCAGUGGCAGGAAGGCUUUAAAACAUAGUGAAUCCACCUUAACGUCGUUCAUUUGCUGCUGCUCGUUCAGUUUAGAGAUUCAGAUGAAGGGAAACUGCGACUUCAGGGCAGUGUGUGUGUGUAUGGAGUGAAUCGCAGGGUUAACGAUCAUCUCUGAUCAUAUUUAAAUGAAAUUUGGACCUCUGAGGCUCCGUGAUGAUUGUUUUUAUUGAUUCAUGGUGUAGGUUUUAGAGAUGAUCUCAUUCAGAAGGGUGUCUUUAUUCUGCCUAGCUUUCCUCUCUUUUAGAGCUCAAACGGCUGUGUGUGUUAGAUGUGUAUAUUUAACCCUAAAACACUCAGACUUUAUAAAGAUUUAUAAGGUUUUAACAUAUUUAACAUAUUUGGUGAAGUGCUAUUCCCCAAAUAUCCAGAUCCAGACCUGUUGAGUGAUCUUCAGGCCCGAAACGUCAACAUAUUUAGAAAGUUUAGCUCUUCUUUGAAUCCAAAUUCAACUUUAUCGGUUAAGAAAAUGCACUACAAGUAUCUAUGAAACACACACACUUCUGAAUGAGAUGAUAUUCAGUCAUAACUGGAAAAUGAUCAUGUGUAUCUUUAAAUCUGGAGGUGAAAUGGGACCAGCUGUGAGGGUCACACACAUCUGGAGCUGAUUUUAUUUGAAGUUGAGGACUUUGUUGCACUUUGUCUUUUUUUGUUGUACGUGUUGCUGCCAUAUUUAUAUAUUACUCCUGCCUGUGUUCAUGCGUCUGGUGGACAUGCCAGCUCCCUCAAACACUAAACCUUGUUUGUUUGUUUGUUUUACUGUAGCAUUGGUUGUUCUUCUAAUUACCAGCCAAUCAGAUUCUUUGCACAGAGAGGAAAUCACAAAGCUCUCCAACUAAACUCCACCCAUAAAAAUCAAAAAGCAACCCUGAUCUUAGAGGAUGGGUGUGCACCUCUGAACCGCUUCCAGUCAUCUCAGCUGUUUUCCUCAUAGAGACGACCUCCCCUGGACCCUGAAUGACCAGCUUUGACCUCGGUACAUAUCCAUAAAGUUGUGGUUUGAUGGCCUUUAGAAUAGUUUUGGGGUUUUCACAAGUUUAUCAGAUCAGAGAAGAGCUAAAGGCUUCAUCCUGGUUGAAUUUCACUGAGUAACAAGUUAAAAUGCUCUGUGGUUGUCAUGUUUGACCUGAUUGCACAAAGAUUUAACAUCUAAUUUAACACCAAACCAGAAAACUUAAAAAGCAAACAGCAUCCAUUAGAACAGCUCCCAGAGCAGGCAGCUCAGUGUUUCUUUCCUGCACUGCAGGAGGGGAAAAAAGCUCAUUUUCAUCAUUUUAUUUGCUGCUGAGGCAUUUAAUCCACAUUAUUUCUUUGGUACUACAUUUAUAUUUGAUAUUAAUGAUCAAAGCUGUAAUCUGCAGGAGAGACGGCAGCUGCAGCAAAUUUUACCCCUAAAGCAGCUGAAAAGACUCUUUUCUUCUCCUUGUUGAGGAGAUGGUUUGAAGACAUCUGACGUGUUAUUUAUUUAUUCAGUGUUGAAGGUGUUUGUUUUGACUCGUUUAAAGAGAAGAUAGUCACUAAAGGACUUUUAGCGAGCUGUGUCCAAAUAUCAGUGGUGCUGGAAGCGGUCCAGAGCUGUACGAGGAGGCGAUGGAAGGAGCUUCGUUUCCUCCUCUAAGUUCCUAUUUAACAAUAUGAAACCUGCUUUAGUUGCUCUAAAGGCUCCCACACAUACUCACAGGCCCUAGUUCUAGUUCAAAUAAGCUAAUCGAGCUCUUUCUUUUAAUCACAAACUGGAUUUAAAGACAAAGCAAAGGGAAAAUGUUGCCAAGUCACUCAUAAUUAAAGGCCAUGUGAGCGACGCUUUGCUUUUCACUCUAGUGAAUCAUCUAAGAGAAGCGAAGUCAGAGAAACGGUGUGUGUCUGCGUGUGUGAGCCUUUACAGCAGCGGUUUCAUACCCACCAGUCUGAUGCUGCUUUAACACUUUAAGGUACUGUGAGCUCCCGUUAUGUAAACUGACAUUAACUAACUGUUACCAUGUGAGGAUGUGAUAAUGUGUCCACGAAGGUCAUUUUAAAGCUGAUCUGAGCGCG